AUGGGAACAGCACUGUUAUCUGCUCGGGUUGGAGGGAGACCGAACCUUUCUCCGUCCAAGAGAUACCUCUCGUUUAGCUUUGCUGGCCCUCGUGCACUUGACGAAAUCAUGAAGAAAGAUUUGCUGGAGAACAAAACGGGUACCGAGAUUGCUGAUAUCUGGUACACAUAUCACGAAACAAAGGAUAGUGUCCAUGGCCUGACUUACAAGGGAGAAGAUGCAAAAAAUAUACUCUCUAGAGCGAACUCAUGUCCCUUUUUCGUGCAGCCAAUCUUUCGAGACGACGGAUUCUUCAUGAUGAUAUCUCAAUUUCAGGACCCUUCUUAUUUCUUCAUGGCGCUUUUGGAUGAUUACAAGAUGGAUCCAUCUGCAGCACAACCAUUGUUGACUUUUUCUGUGUUUGAUGAUUAUGCAGAGUCCAAGGACCUGACACUGGUACGAUGUGACAUUUUGAACAACGGGCUGGAAGAUGAGGAAGGACGGAAGAUUGUCCAGAGUGUCCUUGACUCGUAUCUGUGUGACCGCGAAUUUGCCACAGUGGAAACGUUCAACAAACGGCCCAAUUCAUUUGAUGUGGACGACUUCGUAUCUCGACAAAAUGAAAAGUGGCGAAAGGAUCCUCCCUCCGUGAAUGUUUAG